AUGAGUUUAUGGUGUGAUAAAUAUCGUCCAAAAACAUUUGAUGAACUAGAUUAUCAGCAUGAACAAGCAGAAUUAUUAAAAAAUAUUGUAUCAAGUGGCGAUUUUCCUCAUUUUCUUAUCUAUGGUCCAUCAGGUGCUGGUAAAAAAACUCGAAUAACUUGCAUAUUAAAUGAAUUAUAUGGACCGGGUGUAAAUACUCUACGAUUAGAAAAUCAUGAAUUUCAAACGCCAGCAGGAAAAAAAAUUGAUAUCACAACAAUUGGAAGUGUCUAUCAUACACAAGUCAAUCCAAGUGAUGUUGGUAUUCAAGAUCGUCUUGUUAUUCAAGAAAUAAUCAAAUUAAUUGCACAAACAAAUCAAAUCGAUACACAACAACAACGUUCAUUCAAAGUCAUUGUUCUUGUUGAAGUUGAUAAAUUAACAAAAGAUGCUCAACAUGCUUUGCGUCGUACGAUGGAAAAGUAUGUCGCUUCAUGUCGACUUAUUCUUUGUUGUAAUUCAACAUCUCGUGUGAUACCAGCUAUUCGAUCAAGAUGUCUGUCAAUUAGAGUUGCAGCACCAACUAUCAAAGAGAUAAGUAUAAUAUUAAAAAAAGUUGCAAAUUAUGAAUCACUUAAUUUACCAAAUGAAUUAGCCAAUCGUAUUAGUGAAAAAUCAAAUAGAAAUUUACGUCGAGCACUGUUAAUGGUACAAACAUGUGCGACACAAAAAUAUCCAUUUACAAAUGAUCAAGUGAUAGCAGAACCAGAUUGGGAAGUUUAUUUACGUGAAACAGCGAGAAUGGUUGCUGAACAACAAACACCAUAUCGAAUAUUAGAAGCACGUGAACGAUUAUAUGAAUUAUUAUCACACUGUAUACCGGCAGAAGUCAUAUUUAAAGGUUUAUUAGAAGAAUUAUUGACAACAUGCGAUGGUCAAUUAAAAAUAGAAAUAACACAAAUAGCCGCUGAAUAUGAACAUCGUCUUCGUCAAGGUCAAAAAGAAAUAUUUCAUUUAGAAGCAUUUAUAGCAAAAUUUAUGAUUGUCUAUAAAACAUUUCUCGAUUCGGCCAUGGGUGAAUUAUUUGAUUAA